AUGGCCUCCAACCGUGCGGCGAAUGUCGCGAAGCACCUCAACUAUCCCCAGGGCCUGCUCGCGGGACAGGUCGCCAUCAUCACCGGCUCCGGCCAGGGAAUUGGUGCUGAGAUGGCGAGGCUGUUUGCGAACGAGGGCGCCAAGGUUAUUGUGAGCGACGUCGACGGCGAGAAGGCAAACAGCGUCGCAAAGGCGAUCAACGAGUCCGGCGGCUCGGCAAUUGCUGUCGCAGGCGACCUCUUGAACGACGCGCACAUUCCCGAGCUGGUGAAGAAAGCGGCGGAGUUCGGCAACGGCAAGAUCCACAUCAUCGUCAACAACGCCGGCUUCACCUGGGACGGAGUGAUCCACAAGACCACCGACAAGCAGUGGGACACCAUGCUCGCCCUCCACUGCUCGGCACCGUUCAAGCUCAUCCGUGCCGCUGCCCCGUACUUCCGCGUCAAGGACGGCGAGCCGAGAAACAUCAUCAACAUCUCAUCCACCUCCGGUCUCCACGGAAAUGCCGGGCAGGCGAACUACGCACUCGCCAAGGCUGGCGUGGUCGGUUUGACCAAGACGAUCGCGAAGGAGUGGGGUCCUGCUUUUGGCGUGCGCGCCAACACGGUCGCCUUUGGCUACAUCCAGACACGUUUGACGGCCGCCAAAGAGAUCGGUGCCGUGCAGGUGCUUCCGGACGGAACCAAGGUUGCGCUCGGCAUCCCAGGUGCUCAACAGGCUGCCAGGGCUGGUGCAAAGCAGACAUAUCCGGACAUUCCUCUGGGACGGCCUGGUAAUGCCACCGAGGCUGCUGCAGCCGUCCUCGCUGUUGCGUCGCCACUGUUCAGCUAUGUGUCAGGUCAGACCAUCAGCGUCACCGGCGGCAGGAAUAUCUAG